AUGCUUGGACCCCGAUCAUUGGUCGCACCUGCCCGCCAGGGUCUGCGUCAGGCCAGACAGCAGCAGUUCACCAGAGUCUCGUUUGCUCGCUCCUACGCCGUCGCUUCCAGCGAUAGAGUCGCAAAGUUCAAGGGUACCAAGGGCAACGACGGCAAGUACGCCGUCUCGCUGAUCGAGGGUGACGGCAUCGGUCCCGAGAUCUCCCAGUCGGUCAAGGACAUUUUCGAGGCCGCCAACGUCCCCAUCAAGUGGGAGCCCGUCGAUGUCACCCCCCGCCUGAACGAGGACGGCAAGACCGUCAUCCCCGACGAGACCAUCGAGUCCAUCUCGCGCAACUACGUCGCCCUCAAGGGUCCCCUCGCCACCCCCAUUGGCAAGGGUCACGUCUCGCUCAACCUGACUCUCCGCCGUACCUUCAACCUCUUCGCCAACGUUCGUCCUUGCAAGUCCAUCCAGGGCUACAAGACCCCUUACGACGGUGUCGACACCGUCCUCAUCCGUGAGAACACCGAGGGAGAAUACUCUGGCAUCGAGCACGUCGUCGUCGACGGCGUCGUCCAGUCCAUCAAGCUCAUCACCCGCAAGGCUUCCGAGCGCGUCCUGCGCUACGCCUUCGAGUACGCCCAGGAGGUCGGCAAGAACAAGGUCCGCGCCGUCCACAAGGCCACCAUCAUGAAGAUGUCCGAUGGUCUCUUCCUCAACACCGCUCGCGCCAUGUCCCAGCAGUACCCCAACGUCGAGUUCGACGCCGAGCUUCUCGACAACACCUGCCUGAAGGUCGUUACCGACCCCACCCCUUACAACGACAAGGUCCUGGUUAUGCCCAACCUGUACGGUGACAUUCUCUCCGACAUGUGCGCCGGUCUGAUCGGUGGUCUUGGUCUGACCCCCUCGGGUAACAUUGGUGACGAGUGCUCCAUCUUCGAGGCCGUCCACGGUUCCGCUCCCGAUAUUGCUGGCAAGGGCCUUGCCAACCCCACCGCUCUCCUCCUUUCCUCCAUCAUGAUGCUGCAACACAUGGGUCUUCACACCGAGGCCAACAGAAUCCAGAAGGCCAUCUUCGAUGUUCUUGCUGAGGGCAAGACCAUCACCGGUGAUCUCGGUGGUUCGGCCAAGACCCACGAGUACGCCGCCGCCGUCAUCUCGAAGCUCGCUUAG